AUGCCCGGCCCGGCGCGCACCAUGGGGCCGCUGUGGCUCUGCUGCCUGCCCCUCGCCCUCCUGCCCCUGCUCGCCGCCGUGGAAGAGACACUGAUGGACUCCACCACGGCGACAGCAGAGCUGGGCUGGACGGUGCAUCCUCCCUCAGGGUGGGAAGAGGUGAGUGGGUACGAUGAGAACAUGAACACCAUCCGCACCUACCAGGUGUGCAACGUCUUUGAGUCCAGCCAGAACAACUGGCUCCGCACCAAGUACAUCCGCAGGCGAGGAGCACACCGCAUCCACGUGGAGAUGAAAUUCUCUGUCCGGGACUGCAGCAGCAUCCCAAAUGUCCCAGGCUCCUGUAAGGAGACUUUUAACCUGUACUAUUUCGAGUCAGACUUGGACUCGGCCACCAAGACUUUUCCUAAUUGGAUGGAGAAUCCUUGGAUGAAGGUGGACACGAUCGCUGCUGACGAGAGCUUCUCACAGGUGGACUUAGGUGGACGGGUGAUGAAGAUCAACACUGAGGUGCGCAGUUUUGGGCCCGUCUCCAAGAAUGGUUUCUACCUGGCCUUCCAGGACUAUGGGGGCUGCAUGUCCCUGAUUGCCGUCCGUGUCUUCUACCGCAAAUGUCCCCGUGUGAUCCAGAACGGGGCUGUCUUCCAAGAAACCCUGUCGGGAGCAGAGAGCACCUCGCUGGUGGCAGCCAGGGGCACGUGCAUUGCCAAUGCUGAGGAGGUGGACGUGCCCAUCAAGCUGUACUGCAACGGUGACGGCGAGUGGCUGGUGCCCAUCGGCCGCUGCAUGUGCCGGGCUGGCUACGAGUCCGUGGAGAACGGGACCGUCUGCAGAGGCUGCCCCUCAGGAACAUUCAAGGCCAGCCAGGGGGAUGAAGGGUGCGUCCACUGCCCCAUCAACAGCCGGACAACCUCGGAAGGGGCCACAAACUGCGUGUGCCGGAAUGGAUAUUACCGGGCAGACGCCGACCCCGUGGACAUGCCGUGCACCACCAUCCCGUCCGCCCCGCAGGCCGUGAUCUCCAGCGUGAACGAGACGUCGCUGAUGCUGGAGUGGAGCCCCCCGCGGGACUCGGGGGGCCGCGAGGACCUGGUGUACAACAUCAUCUGCAAGAGCUGCGGGGCCGGGCGCGGGGCCUGCACGCGCUGCGGGGACAACGUGCAGUUCGCCCCGCGCCAGCUGGGCCUCACCGAGCCCCGCAUCUACAUCAGCGACCUGCUGGCCCACACCCAGUACACCUUCGAGAUCCAGGCCGUCAACGGCGUCACCGACCAGAGCCCCUUCUCCCCGCAGUUCGCCUCCGUGAACAUCACCACCAACCAGGCCGCCCCUUCUGCCGUGUCCAUCAUGCACCAGGUGAGCCGCACUGUGGACAGCAUCACCCUGUCCUGGUCCCAGCCCGACCAGCCCAAUGGAGUCAUCCUGGACUAUGAGCUGCAGUACUACGAGAAGGAUCUGAGUGAGUUGAACUCGACCACAGUGAAGAGCCCCACCAACACUGUGGCAGUGCAGAACCUCAAGGCUGGCACCAUCUACGUGUUCCAGGUGCGGGCGCGCACCGUGGCCGGCUACGGCCGCUACAGUGGGAAGAUGUAUUUCCAGACCAUGACUGAAGCCGAGUACCAGACCAGCGUGCAGGAGAAGCUGCCGCUCAUCAUCGGCUCCUCGGCAGCGGGGCUGGUGUUCCUCAUCGCCGUGGUGGUCAUCGGCAUCGUGUGCAACAGAAGACGGGGCUUCGAGCGGGCUGACUCGGAGUACACGGACAAGCUGCAGCACUACACCAGUGGCCACAUGACUCCAGGGAUGAAGAUUUAUAUCGAUCCUUUCACCUACGAAGAUCCCAAUGAGGCUGUCAGAGAAUUUGCAAAAGAAAUUGAUAUCUCUUGUGUCAAAAUCGAGCAGGUGAUUGGGGCAGGGGAGUUUGGUGAGGUGUGCAGUGGGCAUCUCAAGCUUCCAGGCAAAAGGGAGAUCUUUGUGGCCAUCAAGACCCUCAAGUCUGGCUACACGGAGAAGCAGAGACGGGACUUCCUGAGUGAGGCCAGCAUCAUGGGGCAGUUCGACCACCCCAACGUCAUCCACCUGGAGGGGGUGGUCACCAAGAGCUCUCCAGUCAUGAUCAUCACUGAGUUCAUGGAGAAUGGCUCACUGGACUCCUUCCUGCGGCAAAACGAUGGGCAGUUCACGGUGAUCCAGCUGGUGGGGAUGCUGCGGGGCAUCGCCGCGGGCAUGAAGUACCUGGCGGACAUGAACUACGUGCACCGGGACCUGGCUGCCCGCAACAUCCUGGUCAACAGCAACCUGGUGUGCAAGGUGUCUGACUUCGGCCUCUCCCGCUUCCUGGAGGACGACACCUCCGACCCCACCUACACCAGUGCUCUGGGUGGGAAGAUCCCGAUCCGAUGGACGGCACCUGAGGCCAUUCAGUACCGAAAGUUCACCUCAGCCAGUGACGUGUGGAGCUAUGGAAUUGUCAUGUGGGAGGUGAUGUCCUAUGGAGAGCGGCCCUACUGGGACAUGACCAACCAGGAUGUGAUAAAUGCCAUUGAGCAGGACUAUCGGCUGCCACCACCCAUGGACUGCCCAAAUGCCCUUCACCAGCUGAUGCUUGACUGCUGGCAGAAGGAUCGGAACCAUAGGCCCAAAUUUGGGCAAAUUGUCAACACCUUGGAUAAAAUGAUCCGAAAUCCAAACAGCCUGAAAGCCAUGGCACCUCUCUCCUCUGGGAUGAACCUCCCCCUCCUUGACCGCACAAUCCCGGAUUACACCAGCUUCAACACUGUGGAUGAAUGGCUGGAUGCCAUCAAGAUGAGCCAGUACAAGGAGAGCUUUGCCAGUGCUGGUUUCACCACCUUUGAUGUAGUAUCUCAGAUGACUGUAGAGGACAUUCUGCGAGUCGGGGUCACUUUAGCAGGACACCAGAAGAAAAUUCUGAACAGUAUCCAGGUGAUGAGAGCACAGAUGAACCAAAUCCAGUCUGUGGAGGUUUGAUAGCUGCCUGUCCUCCUCCUCCUCAAGGCCCUGCCCCCCUUUGCCCCUGUAUGUCCAAGCUCCAGUUCCUGAGUGUUCUGCAUGGACCAGAGACAGGCAGCUGCUCUGAGGAUCACGGCAGCAGGAGGGAACACCCCGUCCUCAACAAUGAGAAGUUGCCAAGAGCUUCUAGAAUUUAAGCAAUGGAAAAAGGGAACAAAAAAAAAGACAACUAUUUUGAAAAAAACAAACUACAAAAUAUUUUUAAAUAAUAAUAAAGCAAUUGCAUUCUUGAAAAGGGCUCCAAGACCAAUGGGAGUCUCCAAAGGAAGAGAAAAGAGCAGCUUCGUGUUUCCUCUUGCACAAGGCUGCUGCAGCUGGACCCAGGCACCUCUGGAGCAGUGGGACUUCUCCAGGAAGAGGAAUGCAAGGAAAGGCCACGAGAAGCACAUCUCUUCCUCCCCUGGGCUCUGGGAAUGCUGUGAGCCAGGCCCUUCCCCAGAGCCCCUGUGAGCAGAUCAGAGGGGGAGAGCUGAAGCUCUUUGGUGCUGUGAAACCAAGUGCAUCUCAGAAACUGAUGGACUCUUUCAAAAGCUGAAGACUUUUUUUUUUUUU